AAAAGCUGAGCCGAAUAACUGGAGGAAUCACUUCUGCUUUUAAGACCUUAACUAUUUCUUCACGCUUCACUCUGGAGAAGAAGGCAGAUCAAAGGGGAACAAAUCAUUUACUCACUGUUCUUCAAGCUUUUUGAAAAUGGUAAACUCUAGAAGCCUGUUACUGCUGGUCUGCACAGUCAUGGUGGUUGGGGCCAUCUCUGGAUCAGACGCUCGUCGCCAGAAGAGACCGUGCUGUGUUGAAGUCACCCGCCAAGAUACGAGCGCUGAUGUGGUGGGGGAAACAUAUCGUCAGCAGGCCGCAACACCACCCUGUGUGAAGGCUAUAAUUUUCAACACAGAAUAUGGACAGCUUUGUGCUGAUCCAAACGCUCAGUGGGUCAAAGAUCUCAUUGUGAGGAUGACGAGGGUAUGAAGUACAAAGUGUGAGGUGAAGCAUCGCUGCCUGUCGGGUCAUCAGUAUCUCCUUAUCUCAAACUUUUCUUUGAAAUGUUUUUGUUACGUUACUCUGUUAAUUCUGUCCACAUCGCACUGCAGCAAUUUCCUAAUGUUGUAAACCUGCUCAACAUUUGGCAAUAAAAACCCUUUCUGAUUCUGA